UGGUACAUAUUACAUUCACUGUUCAUAUUGAUAACCUGCUCAGGCACAUCUGAAAGAAAUCUUCAAUGCUUGAAAUGGAAUAUGCAGCAAGACAGAUUGGAGCUCAUCUGCAGAGUUUCAGAUUUUUCUCACCCAGUUUCCUUAAUUGAUAGCCAUGGGCAAAUGUAUGCGCAAUGUACGUUCGAAAGAAAUAUCCAACACUGCAUACCAGUCUCCAGAAACCAAUCGAUUGUGACAUAUUACUCAUUGAAAUAUGUUAAGUUUACAACGGACGGAUUGACAAAAGAUAUGAAUGGUGAAUGGGUUUGCUUACAAGACGUUAUGAAAAGUAAAACAUAUGUUUCUUUAGCAAAAGGUAUAAUUGAUUCAACGGAGCUCGAGGUUCACAUCACAGGCAAAUAUCGUAAUGAGAAAGACAAUCCAAGAACUAUAAUUAGUUGUUUUUCAUGUACAGAACCAUACGGUUCUAACGUAGAAUUCCUUGAAGAUAAAAUCUCCGUAGAUAGUUUAACAUUUAUAAAUGAUAAUGACACAUGUACUCACGGAAAAGGUGUAUGCCAUCCAGACGAAUGUAACUGCACCAGAAAUAUAUAUAUACGUGUUUCACUGUACGAUACCGAUAGCAAUGAAUUUCACCAAAUGAAUAAAUCUACAGUGACAAUAAAAGCUGGCGAUAAGAUGUGGAACGAAACUAUAAACUCUAAUAAGAAAAUUAUAAUAGAACAAGAAGAACAUCCAACAAUCACAACACCGGUUGCUAAAACAUCUGAUGACAUUGCUACGGAUUCUGAAGGUGGUCUACAAGCACUUGAGGUGAUUUCAAUAAUAAUAGCGUGUGGCGUGUUUUCUGUAUUUGCAGUGAUAUUUGUUCAUCUAUAUCAUAAACGACGAGCCAUGAUACCAGAAGGGAUUGAGAUUGGAGAACGCAAGCCAUUGAUUGAAUCUCAAAAUAAAUCAACAAUCGAGACUCAAACAGAAGAUAAUAAAAAAGCGAUCGCAACAAUGACUGAAGAAUCUUUUUCAUUAAAAGUGAUACAAGAAGAAAUAGUGAUUGAAGAACGCAAGCGAUUCUUUGAUAAUAAAAUAGCGAUCGCAACAAUGACUGAAGAAUCUUUUUUAUUACAAGUGAUACAAGAAGGAACAGAGAUUGAAGAACGCGAGCCAUUGUUUGAAUGA